GCCGUGCUUCCGAGCAAAUCCUAUGCUUAAACCCUACACAGCAUCCAAAUUGAAAAUGGAUCAGACCGCUUCUUCCUUCUGCACAACUUCUCUAGGGUUAAAGCAUCCAUCAAACUUCGGCUCUUGUAGAUUGGAAUAACAUUCUUAGGCGUUACACCGAUCACAGCACCGGAUCCACGAGAGGAGAGGCGAUGCUGGGCAUGGCAUUAUAAGAGAGGUCGUUGAGAAGCAAUGGAGCAGGACACAGAAGGUUUCGUUGCCGCUGAGGCCACCACCCUCUAGAACAACCUGAGGAAUCCCGCCUCGGAUUUUCUUUUCCGCGCAAAACAAUGAGAUUUUCAAAAGUUUCUUCAUCUCAAUGGCUGUCUCGCUCCUGCAGGAACCCCAAGGUCCUUUGCUCAGCUUCGGCCAAGCAUACUCAUGAUCUAAUUUUCGGGGAGAAAACUGCGUUAGAAACAACGAUUUCAGAGCAACCAGCUUCAGCUAAAUCUGAUUCAGAAAUCGAUUUUUCAAGGGAACACGAUUCUAAGAUGGGACUUUUAGAGGAACCCAACUCCAAAAUUGGAAAUUUGGAGCUAUCCGUUUCAGGAAUUUCUCGGAAGGCGGACUCGGAAACUUCUAAAGACUCUAGGUGUGCCCAAUCUAGCCCCCUUGUUUCAGAGAAUGGGCAAAAAAUUUUCUCUCGUAGUGCAGAUACAGUACUUACUCAAGACCAUGUAAUAGAGGUUCUUCUUAACAACCAACACGAUCCUAUAUCAGCAUUGAAAUAUUUCGAAUGGGCCGAGAAACAGCGAGGAUUUGUUCGAGGUGUGGAUGCAUUGUGUAUUGUGCUUCACAUCAUUGCACAGUCAAGCAAAUCUUCUACUGCUCAACAUCUGCUGAAUCGAUGUGUUUCUGGUAAUUCUAUUCCCAGUGUAGAUGUUAUGGUUAAUCACCUAAUUGAGAGCUCAAAAAGGUGUGAAUCAAAUCCACUUCUGUUUAGUUAUUUAUUGAAUAGCUACAUACGGGCUGGGCGGUUUGAAGAGGCAGUGGAAUGUUUUUAUAGGUUGGUUAGGAGUGACAUUGUUCCUGGACUUACGUAUAGAAAUAUUCUCCUAACUUCAUUGGUUAGGGUGAACAUGACUGGGAAAGUUAGGGAUUUGUAUAGAGAGAUGACGGAGAGAGGUAUAGAAUGCAAUUGCUUCACUUUAAAUGCUGUGAUGCGCGCUUGUUUGAAAGAAGGGAAUCCUGAGGAGGCUGAGAGGUAUUUUAGAGAAAUGAAUGCUAGAGGAGUUAAACUUGAUUCAGUUGCAUAUAAUACAGUUAUCCAUGCUGUUUGUAAGAUACCUGAUUCAAAGUUGGCAGGCAAGUUGUUUAAAGAAAUGAAGGAUAUGGGGUGGGCUCCCCAUGAAGAUACAUAUACUAGCAUCAUUGGUGCUUGUGUGAAGCAAGGAAAUAUUGUAGAAGCAUUUAAACUGAAGGAUGAUAUGGUUAACAAUGGAUUACCCAUGAAUUUGGUGGUUGCAACAAGCCUAAUAAAGGGAUAUUGCAUUCAAGGGAACUUGGAUAGUGCUUUAGAUUUGUUCUCCCAGGUGUCUGAAGGCGGAAUUACUCCAAACAAUGUCACGUAUGCAGUUUUGAUUGAGGGAUGUUGUAGAAAUGGAAAAAUGGAGAAGGCAUACGAGCUUUAUGUUCAGAUGAAACUCAUGGAUUUAUACCCCAGUGUCUUUAUUGUCAAUUCCUUGAUUCGAGGAUUCUUGAGAUCUCAAUUAUGGGAAAAGGCAUCUAAUCUAUUUGAUGAGGCAGUUGAAUGCAAAGUUGCUAAUGUUGUCACAUAUAAUAUUCUCAUAAAUUGGCUUUGCAAACAUGACAGGUUCAGUGAAGCUUGCACACUAUGGAGUAAGAUGGUAGAUACAGGAGUGGUUCCAACUGUGGUUUCUUACAACAAUCUGAUACUUGGUCACUGCAAACAAGGGAAUACUACCUUGGCAACUACUGCCUUUUCUGAAAUGCUUGAGAGGGGUGUCAAACCAAAUGUAAUCACCUAUUCUAUUUUGAUGGAUGGAUAUUUCAAAAAAGGAGAGAUUGAUAAAGCUUUCAACAUGCAUAACCAAAUGUUGGGAUUAAGGAUUGCUCCCAAUGACUUCACAUAUAAUACUAUCAUUAAUGGUCUUUGCAAAGCUGGUCGAACAUCUGAGGCAAGUGAUAUGCUGAAGAAGUUUGUCAAAGAGGGUUGUGUUCCCACUGCUAUAACUUACAAUAGCAUUAUUGAUGGAUUCAUAAAAGAGGGUUCCAUGGACUUGGCAUUGAUGACUUACAGGGAAAUGUGUGAGAAAGGGAUAUCCCCAAACGUUGUUACUUUCACCAGUUUGAGUGAUGGGUUUUGCAAAAACAAUAAUAUAGAUCUUGCGCUGAAGAUGAAAAAUGAGAUGAUGAGCAAGGGUCUUGAACUAGAUGUUAUGAUGUAUAAUGUUUUAAUUGAUGGUUUUUGUAAAAGAGGAGAUAUGAAAAGUGCACAUGAGCUUUUCACUGAUCUACUUGCAUCCGGUUUAAUUCCAAAUACUGCCAUUUACAAUAGUCUAAUUGGUGGAUUUAGAAACCAGAACAACAUGGUGGCAGCACUUGCUUUGCAUAAGAGAAUGUGUGAUGAGGGGAUUCCUUGUGAUUUGGCAAUUUAUACUACAUUAAUUGAUGGGUUACUGAAAGCAGGCGAUUUAGUCAUUGCAUCAGAGCUUUACACAGAGAUGCUAAGCAAGGGUUUCUUGCCUGACAGGAUUACUUAUACUGUUCUUGUACAUGGUCUUUGCAACAAAGGACAGCUAGAGAAUGCACGCAAAGUCUUGGAAGAGAUGGAAAUAAAGAAAAUGUCUCCCAAUGUUCUUAUUUAUAACACAUUGAUUGCUGGAUAUUUCAAGGAAGGAAAUUUACAAGAGGCUUUUAGAUUGCAUGAUGAAAUGCUUGACAAAGGCCUGGUACCUGAUGAUGCAACUUAUGAUAUUCUUGUAAAUGCAAAGUUUGAAGAUAAAUCCUCUUGUCUUAGGGCCUAAGUUAUCUUAAAUCAUCAGGCACAUUGUUGUAUUUUACUUUUUGGCUUUGCACCUUGUGCAUUUGUCAUCAUUGCAGGCCUAUUGCAACUUCUCAUACUUUAUUUUUAAAUGGGUGAAUAUUUUACUUUAUUUGUACAUGAAUGUUAUAUUCUUCAUAUUUCUUCUCUAC